AUGGAAGACACCUGUUGGCAGUUGCACCAGGAAGUGUAUGAAUACAUCCCUACAAUUUUUGGGGCAGAUAUCAUCCAGAAGUACAACUUGGAUGUCAAGCCAGGUGGAAAUUACUCAUGCUACUACAACAAAGAAGUGAAUCCAACUGCAUCCAAUGAGUUUAGUGCUGCAGCUUUCAGAUUUGGGCAUUCACAAGUCCCUGACUUCUUUUUAUUAUUUGAUGACUUGGAGCUGGCAGAUGAAUUAGUUGGAGUCCACAAGACCUUCAUGAAACCCGGCCCGCUGAUUUAUGAUGGAAAAAGAUUAUUUGAUGACUUGGAGCUGGCAGAUGAAUUAGUUGGAGUCCACAAGACCUUCAUGAAACCCGGCCCGCUGAUUUAUGAUGGAAAAAGGUUCACAAAGUUCGUCAGAGGCCUGAUGUUGCAGCCAGCACAGCAAGUGGACAACUUCGUCUCCAACGCACUAACAACUCAGCUACUUAGAGGCCCUAAUGGGGCAUUUGGAGGGGAUCUAAUCGCAAUCAACAUCCAACGAGGGCGUGACCACGGGUUGCCUCCAUACAUAGACAUGCUGGAGGCAUGUGGGUUACCCAAGCCCAAGGGUUUCGCAGACUUGGAACCUCUCAUGGGCCCAGUGAAAGUGAACGCGUUGUCGAGAAUUUAUGCUGACGCAGCCGACAUAGACUUGUACGUUGGGGGACUGUUUGAAAACGCAUCAAAGGACUCUGUCUUCGGACCUACAUUCGCCUGUAUUAUUGGGGACCAGUUCCAGAGAUCCAGAGCAGGAGACAGGUUCUUCUAUGACAAUGCGCCUGGGGGCAUGUGUGGGGCCAACAGCACUGGGAACCCAGCCCCCUUUACACAGAAUGCUUAUCGACGGCAAGUUCAAGCCUUGCAGCGUCAGCGAUACACAAGAGAAAUUGCUCAUGAUCUGGAUUCGAGUCUGGAUCUUGACGAGUCUUGGGAGGACAAUUUCCAGCUAGAAAACAGUCAGGAAUGAAGAAACUCAAGCUUUUUGAGCCAUCAAUGCAAGUGCAUUUCAGAGAGUAAAAUAUAUACAUUGGCGGAAAAUCAGACAAUAUAUUCGCGGUCGUAUUUUUCCUCCAACCUGAAUAAAAACUAUUCACAUUUUUUGGACGUUAAAAAAAUUCAAGGAGUCCGUUUUUCAAGAAAAAUCGAAUUUCUGGUCGAUGAAAAACGAUUGUUUGACAGAGGCGAAGGAAUUUUCUUUCUUUAUAGACCCAUUAUUUGGCCCAGCAUAAAUUCAUAACGAAGUGAAAGCGAAGUUUUGCAUAAUCUCAUUUUCAAUACACAUUUCAUCUACUGCAAAAAAAUAAAUCCAUGACGCAAUGAAAUCUGCAAAUACAUUAAGUUAUGUAUAUCUUUUGUAGUCUAAGGUAAAAGUACUGAUUCUACAAAUACUAAUUCAAAUUUUGAAAGCUUAUUUUUAUCAAGUACUAUAUUUCUCAAAUUUUUCCCAUGCGUAUAUUGAAUUUAAGAUAUUCAUUGUAUUUGUGGGAAAUAUUUUUUAGUCCUAUUUAUAAUAUUUCCGCCACUAAACUCAAUUUCUUCCUAUUCAAAUGGUUAAUUCUACUGAUGCUUCAGUCACCACCUUCAACAGCAGAAUGAAAAAAUUGCGAUUUCGAAUAUGAAAAAUGAAAUUGCAGUAAAAAUUUGCCCAGUUGGAUUUUGGACCAUAUUUAUGCGAAAGUUACACGUUGGUCAAAUGCAAUCGUGAACUUGGUCAGGAAAUGAAGGACGCCAUAAAAACAG